AUGCAAAUUUUGUUUCGUUGGGAUGACGAGUCUCCAACACUUCUGCUGCCCACGUUUAUCUCUCAAAAUUAUGGAUUUGCAGGACGGUAUGAGGAUGUCGGUGAGGUGGGUUUCCCAUACGUACGAAGAAGGAGUUUUGCUGGAGUUGGUGUAUUUAAAGGUCCAUUAAUGGUAAACGUCGUAACGAGGGAGCAUGCAGUGAGAAGGCCAGUCAUCAGGUCGACCACAGAUGGAAGCGGUUGGACGGGAGCUGCGCCAGGAGGGCCAGCCCAGGCCCAAUCCGCUGAGAACGGACAAGACCAUGAAGAAACGGUAAGUCUCGACGAUAUAUUGGAGGGAAAGGGGGCCUACUUCACCUCCCAAGGCUUCUGGCAGCCUAGGAGGGGGAGUUGGCGCUCAACUAAAGUCAACAUCUUCAAGGUGGUCUUCACGGCCACAUCGCUGGACUUGAUCCGGCUCAGGAGACAAUUGACUGCCGGCUCACACAUACUAAUGGACGAAUCGGGCGUAAAAUUGCAUGCAUAUAUUUCUUCUUCACUAUGUGAAAGUAAAAUGUGA